AACAAUACUAAAGAAAAAAGAUAAGAAAAGAAAAAUGAGAGGCAAGUUGUUAGAAAGAGAAAUAGAAGACAAGAGAGAGAAAGAGAGGUAUUAAGGUGGGUUAGGAUGCUUUCGGCUAAGCUAGCUGAAACUGGCCUCGUCUAUGCUGUAUUGGGCAGUUAGGGAUACAAGAUCUUGAAACAUCUCCCCUACUACCUUUUUGCAACUCUCUCUCUCUCUGUCUCACAGAGUCGUAGGUUUUUCUUUCUCUCCUUUGAAUACUCAAAGUCUAAAAAUCUCCUUGUGUCUCUUUAUAUGUCCAUCGUUAUAUAUUUUUAUUAUUUAUUCACUACAACAACUAAAGGAAGAAAAUUUCUUUAGCUGCCAUGGCCACCACCCUUAUUAAUUCUACUCUUUCAUGUUAUUAACACUCUUUUACUCUUUUUCAAGCUUGGGUUUUUCUUCUUCUUCUUUGUUCAUUCUUCCUUCAAGGCAAAAAUUAAAAGAAAAACAAUGUGGGACUUAAAUGACUCGCCUGAUCAGAGAAGAGAUGAUGAAUCCGAGGGUUGUUCUUCGCAGAAAACCUCUUUAGAUGGCGAAGAUGAUAAUAAGGGUAAACGGGUCGGAUCUGUUUCUAAUUCUAGCUCUUCUGCUGUUGUUAUUGAGGAUGGAUCCGAAGAAGAAGAUCAUGCUAGUGCUGAGAGAGGAAGAAUCAAGAAGCGGACUAGUAAAAUAUUUGGGUUUUCUGUUCCUCGUGAAGACUACAUGGACACUGACGCGCCUGUGACCCGCCAAUUUUUUCCGGUUGAGGAUCAAGAAAUGGGGGCAACGUCUGCUGGCAGCGGUGGAGCUGGGUUUCCCCGCGCUCACUGGGUUGGAGUUAAGUUUUGUCAAUCGGAAUCAUCACUUGCUUCUCCAAAAUCUGUUGAGAUGUCGCAACCUUUGAAAAAAUCCCGUCGAGGUCCCCGGUCAAGAAGCUCUCAGUAUCGCGGUGUCACUUAUUACCGGAGAACCGGCCGAUGGGAGUCUCAUAUAUGGGAUUGUGGGAAGCAAGUGUAUCUAGGUGGAUUUGACACUGCACAUGCAGCUGCUCGUGCAUAUGAUAGGGCAGCUAUAAAGUUUAGAGGAGUGGAGGCAGAUAUAAAUUUUAGCAUUGAAGAUUAUGAAGAAGACUUAAAACAGAUGAGCAACCUUACUAAAGAAGAGUUUGUGCAUGUACUUCGCCGACAAAGCACUGGUUUUCCAAGAGGAAGUUCUAAAUAUAGAGGUGUUACCUUACACAAGUGUGGAAGAUGGGAAGCUCGAAUGGGCCAAUUUUUAGGCAAAAAGUAUGUGUAUUUAGGCUUGUUUGAUACUGAGAUUGAAGCUGCAAGAGCUUAUGACAAAGCUGCAAUUAAGUGCAAUGGGAAAGAGGCAGUGACUAAUUUCGAUCCAAGCAUUUAUGAAAAUGAACUAAACUCUUCUGAAUCAUCAGGAAAUGUUGCUGCAGAUCACAAUCUUGAUCUGAGUUUAGGCAAUUCCGCUGGAAUGGAUCAACAUUCUCCAUCAAUGGAUUGGCGAAAUCGAGGAAUUAGGCCGCCUAAGCUUAACUUGCAGAGAAAUGGUGAGAAUGAUGACCGUAGAAGAGAAGGAUAUUGCGAAACAGAAACAAUGCAGCUUCUUAGCCAAACCCAUAUCCAAUCUCCAGCGAAUGAACCGCAAAGAUUCCAGAUGCUUCAUGGUUUUUCACCCAGUUAUCAAAUUCAGUUUCCAAGCAGCAGCAAUGGAGGCCGAAUUGAGAGUGGUCUAUCACUAUGUUCAAGUGAUAAUCAACAGCAUCAGCAACAGCAACAGUUACCACGACAAUGGCAAUCGGGCUCCCCAGCUAGUAGUUAUUCGCAGCAUCAUCAGUUGGUUGCUAGUGCUGCAGCAUCAUCAGGAUUCCCGCAACAAAUUAGGACUCCACAAAACUGGCUGCAGAAGAAUGGGUUCCACUCUUUAUUGAGACCCUCUUGACCCAUAUAAUGAAGUAGCCAUCAUUUCCAUCUCACAAACCAAUAUCUUCCUCCUCCUAAUUGUUCUCCUAUGCAUAUGUAAAGAACAAUGACAUUUUCCCAACCAUCCCAGAUCAACCCAAGAUUAUUACCAAUAGGGAAAAAAGAAAAAAAAUAAUAAAAGAAAGAUAUAUAUAGAGUGAAAGAAAUUCCAAUUUUCAAGUUUCUGGGAAAUGUUGGCAACCACUGUAACUAACCAAUGGACAAAAAGUCUUCUAACUAAGUUUAUUCAUUUCGAGUUUCUGACUAAA